UUCGAAGAUCGACUGUCACAAUAUUGUGAUUACACUAUUGUUUAUCAUUGCUUAAUAGAUAUAUUUUUUUAAAUAUAAUUAUAUUUGACAUAACAUAAAAUUUGAUAAAAAUUCAAUUUUUUAAAAAUAAUUUGUAGUAAUUUUAAUAACGAAAUCAAAUUUGACAAAUUUCCAUUUUAUGAUGUUAAAUUAUUUUGAAAAUGUCUUCAAUUCGAUAGGCGUCCGUGGAAAAAUAGAAACAGGCAAUAGAAAAAUAAAUAUCUGAAUUUUAUUUUAGACGUGAAAUCUGAAUAAAAUAUUAAGAGAGAUAUUUAAAAUGGAUACGUGACUGAUAAUUCUUUUGUGUAUAUUUACGUUGCGAUACCUACUGUAGUUUGAAGAAUAAUCACAGUAGCAAUAAUACCGAUAUCAGCUUCGCGCAAAGAUGCCAUGGAAUACCUAUUGAACAAUCCCUAUUGGAAAAAUUACGAAAAAACUCAACCAGAUGCUGGUAUAAAGGAUCUUGGAAAAAUUUACACAAUAGGGAAAAUAAUUGCAAAAGACGAUAAUGGUAAAAUUGUCAAUGAUAAUAAUUUGGAAUGUAAAAUUCGGCAUUAUUAUACUCUAAUUAGGUGCAUUUUUACUGAUAAGUUAAAAGUCAUAGUUUUAUAUUUAAGCGCUGUCUUGGAUCAUCAGGAAAAAACGAAAAUCCUAUGGGAGGAUUUUUAUACAUUUUUUUUUGAGCAAAUCGAUAAUUUUGAAAGCGUAUUUGAUAGCAUUAAUAGCUCACUAUCGCUACUGGCUAGGUGGUACUUUGAAAAAAAUAAUGUUAAUAAACCAGCUAUAGAUGAAUAUAGUAUAACACGUGUUAUGAUUGAUAUUAAGUCGUUGCCAUCAUUUUCAAAAAGUGUAAAAAACAUACCUAUAAAUCUGGAAAAAUGUGAAAAAUCAUUAGAUGAAAUUCAGGAAAAUUAUUUUCGAUUUGUAAAAGUACAAACUGAUAAUGAUUUCGUAAAAAAAAUAAAAGAUAGAGUUCAAGAAAUUUUCAAAAAUAAAAGAUAUAAAAAUAUAGUUGAACAAGAUCUUCGUAAUGAAACAACAAGUAUUAUUGACAAAUUUUUCAGAGAUUUUGAUUAUUUGGGAUUCAUUUACAACACAACACAAAAAAUUGUGUCUGUGAAGGAAAUGCCCAAAAACGAAUCGAAAUCUUCAUUCCAACGUAGUCGUAGUUGUUGUCAUUAGUUUUAAUUUUAGUAGAAUCAUUGAAAUUUCAGAAAUAUUCAAGUUAUUUUAUAUUAGUUUUUAAUUUUUAUUAAUCAUCUCUUUCUCUUUGGUUUGGCUAAUUUGACGAAUUCCUAUAAUAAUUAAACUUUACAAAACUAAUUAUAAUACAUGUAAAAAAUUCAAAGUAUAGCAAUGAAAUUGUUAAAAAAAA